CAGUUGUAUUUUCCAUGUCAGCUGAUGUUAUGAUAUACUUUUGAAAAUACUUUUAUUUAAGUAUUGUGAGAAGGAUCAAUGUUACCUGGGUUAAAUAUUAUACCAAAGUAUCUUGAGUAUCAUUCUUAUUGGAUUACACUGUAUUGAACAUGAUGAAGAGGAAAAGGUCCUACAAUUUUGAGCAAUCCGAAAACAAUUUGCUGAUUGAUCUUUGCUUGGAUCACAAAGAUGUAAUUGAAAAUACUGAAACAAGUGAUGUAGCAGUGUUGAGGCAGCAGAGUGAAACAUGGAUAAAGAUCAUGAACAUUUUCAAUGAGAGAAGUGGGAAACAUCCAAGAACUGUGGAAGCACUCCAGACUAAACACGAAGAUAACAAGGAAUACUACAAACAGUAUGCUGAACAUGAACAGAAAUUACUUGCAAUUUUCAAUAAUUCUUCCCUUGAGCCAGUGGUGGACAGUGACAUGCAAUUUAAACAAUUAGUUGUUGAAACAACCCAUGAUGAGAAUGAGCAUAGUGAUAUAUCAGUGGAAAUUACUCCUAAGGCACUGGUAAACUCUUUUAUGGAUAAUAAAGACAAUACAACAGAAACUGACGAGGAAUCUUCCAAUCCAGAGAAUGUUUCAUCUAACAAACCAGGCAAGUCUUGCAAUGUUCCUGAGCAGAACGGAGAUGGACAAGCGCGCUUGUCCGAUUUGGCUGAUCGAAAGAGCGAGUUGGUUGCGCUGCAAAUAGAGAUUAUGAAGCAGGAAUUGCAGUCAAAGGAGAACGACGAGAAACGCAAACGAGAAUUGCACAAAUACGAUCUUCUUCUCGUGCAGCAGCGAAUAGAGAACGAGAAGAACGACGCGCGGCGGAGGAGCGAGCUUCAUGGAUUCCAGUUGGAGAAAGAGAAACUCGAAUUGUUAUUAUUUUAAAAUUAAUAUAUACUCUGAAUU